AUGUCUCAUAUCGUUCAAGCUGGUGCUGUUCAUGGUCUAACUGCUGCUUUAACUGCUGGUACUUUUGUUCUUGAACAUUUAUGGUUAAAAGAUAUCUUGGAUCUUAGUGCAUCCUCAGCCACGGUCACUCCACUAACUGAUUCUCCGGGUCAAUACUUUGUUCGUCGUGAUAGAAAAGAUAGACAAAAGAAGAUUAAAAUCUUUAAUAAUAAAGGAGUUCAAGUUUAUGCUAUUGAAAGAUUAUCAGCUUUAAAUCCCGUCUGGACUUUGGUUACAAUCCCACAAAGACAAGAAGUUGCUACAAUUAACGCUGGCCUUGUCUCUCGUUCGGUUGACUUCCAUAAUAAAGUUGGUAUUUCUCAUAGAGAUAUCACUGCAGACUUUGGUUUGAAUGGAAGAUUCAGAAGCUUUUAUUUGGACGAUGGUGCAAAAUAUUCUUGGAGUAGGGGCUCCAAGUUUCUAGAAAAAGUCAUCAAUCCAAGCGGAGGUAUUGAAGAAAUUAGAGAAAGAGUUGCAAAAGUCAAAUUGAUGAGACAAUUCAAAUUUGAUUUUGAAGUAUUGGUUGAUGAAGCUAAAAUCGAUAGAGAAAUCGUGUUAGCUACUGCUUUUGUUUCCAUGUUAACCCAAUGGGGUACCGGUGAAAUAACUGACACUGUUGGUCCAACUUAUAUUGCCCCUAAAUCUGAAGUUGUCAAAGAUGACGAGCCAACCGUAAAUAACGAUCCCAUCGACAAAGAAGAAACUUCACCAAUUAUUGUGGUUGUCAAAAACCAAGACGACUCCAUCGAAGUUGAAGCUGUAGAUGAAGGCUUGACUUCAUAA